AUGAUAAUAAUACAACGUCAUGCUAUUUAUCCCGAAGGCGGCCUAGUUAAACGACAAUUGCUACGUUUUCAAAGUCCCAUAACUGGAUUAUUUCCUGUAAUGAGUACCGAUCAUGAAAUUGGUUCCGUCCGUGAUAGUGUCUAUUGUGCUGCAGCCGUAUGGAGUUUAUAUCAAGCCUAUCGACGUAUCGAUGAUGAUCGUGGCAAAUCUUAUGAAUUGGGUCAAUCUACGGUCAAAUGUAUGCGUGGUAUAUUGGAAUGUUGGAUUAAACAAGCACCACGGGUUGAGCUAUUCAAACAGAGACAAUCUAAUCAGCAUGCUUUACAUAGUAAAUUUCAUUUGCAUACCGGCGAAGAAAUCUAUUCAGAUGAUUUUUACAAUCAUUUACAAAUUGAUGUCGUCUCACUUUAUAUAAUAUUUUUGGUGCAAAUGAUAACUUCGGGUUUACAAAUUAUUUAUACACAGGAUGAAGUAGCUUUUGUUCAAAAUUUAGUUUAUUACGUGGAGAGAGCCUAUCGUACACCGGAUUUUGGCAUGUGGGAACGUGGCUCUAAAUAUAACAAUGGUACUCCUGAAAUACAUGCUUCUUCAAUUGGAAUGGCCAAAUCAGCAUUGGAAGCUAUAAACGGUUGUAAUUUGUUUGGUGAAAAAGGCGCUUCUUGGAGUGUUGUCUAUGUUGAUAUUGACGCUCACAAUCGUAAUCGCAGUAUUUUCGAAACUAUGCUUCCCAGAGAGUCCAGUUCAAAGGGUGUUGAUGCUUCUCUACUACUUACCUUGUCCUUCCCAGCUUUUGCUUCUCAUGAAGACAGUUUGGUGGAACAAACCAAACAUAAUGUUAUAAAUCGUUUGCGUGGCAGAAGAGGUUUUAAGCGUUUUAGUCGUGAUGGAUUUUUGAGUAAAGUGGAAGAUAAAUCUAGAAGGGGUACUGCUACUGAUUUGGUAGUACAAAUUGUUUUAAUUGCUGAAUCUAUGCGUCUACAAGCUAUGAUGGCAACAUAUGGUAUACAAACUCAAACACCUCAUGAGGUUGAACCUGUACAAAUUUGGUCUUCCACUGAACUUAUAAAAGUUUAUCAACAUUUAGGUGUUAAUAACAAAGUUGGCUUAUCCGGUCGUCCCUCUAGACCGGUCGGUUCUUUAGGCACUAGUAAAGUUUAUCGUAUUUGUGGCAUGACUGUACUCUGUUAUCCAUUGAUAUUUGAAGUUUCUGAUUUUUAUCUCUAUCGUGAUAUGGCUUUAUUAAUUGAUGAUAUCAAAACUGAAUUACAAUUUGUGGGUAAAUAUUGGCGUUUGUCUGGUAGGCCUACGGUCUGUUUGUUAAUACGUGAGGAACAUAUGCGUGAUCCUCAGUUUAAAGAAAUGUUAGAUUUAUUGGCCAUGCUAAAGAAGGGCUAUUGUGAUGGCAUGAAAGUUCGCAUUGGUAGAUUACAAAAUCUUAUAAGUAGUUCUUGUAUAGAACAUUUGGAUUUUAUGAAUCAAAAUGAUUUGUCAGAUGAAGAGAAUGCUUUUGCUCAAAUAAAUCAUGAGUAUAUUGGUUAUCAAUCGUUAACAGAUGUCCCUAAGGCACAAACGUAUACAGAAGAAAAACUAACCGUAGAGCAAUACAACCAUAAACCAACACAUGAAAUUAUCGAUGCUUUACGCAGUACCGAAUCUCUCUUCUGUCUCUGUCAACUCUGGGGCAUACUACUCAAUCGUGAGGGUUCUCAUUUUGAAGUUAACGGUCUUUCCGUUCAACAAGCUUUAACACAACUAUAUCAUCGUGCUGGCUCUCUGCGUUAUUGGCGUGCCGUACGUUAUUGUUCAUCUCUACUACAUCAUAUUGUUGAUUCUAUUAGUCCUUUUAUAACGACUGUUCUGGUAAAUGGCAAAGAAUUGACAGUUGGUGUUAUUGGACAAAAGGAAACAGUAUUUGAUAAACCUAUGACACCAGCAGAAAUUCGUGAUGUUAUGUAUAAUACAGUGCAACCGUAUAAUGUUAUACAAGCGGUCUUGCAACAGGAAGUUGUAUUAUAUUGUGGACGUUUAAUCGCUACUAAUCCCUCUAUGUUUAGAGGUAUUUUAAAGAUACGCAUUGGUUGGGUUUUGGAGGCUAUGCGUAUUUAUUUGCAAAUUUCCGGACAAGAAUCCAUAGAUGUAGAUAAUUUAUCACCAUUUCAAGUGCGCAUUCUAUUGCAAAAAGUUCUUACUGUUAGUGAAUGGGCGACCGAAGAAAGACUUACAACUUUACAAAAACGCCAAUUGGAGGGUUGUUUGUGUCGAGUCCCUAAAAACUUUUAUAAUAAAAUCUGGGAAAUUUUAUUACGCACACCGCUGGGUAUAACUACACAAGGCCAUUUAUUGCCAGCCUCUCCUACCUUAAUUAAUAUGAGUAGAGGAGAAUUAAAUUUUUCUCUUUUAGUCGAAGAGACCUUAAUUUGUAUAGAGAAACCAGAAAGACGACAAAUAACUGUGGAAUUAUUAUGCAUUAUAGCAACAAUAUUAAGCAGAAAUCCAGAAUUACAUUUCAAACAUGCUUUAGAUUUGGAUGAAAUAUUAUUAGAAGCCUUUUUAAUGUAUUGCAAGGAUAAUAAUAUACAAGAUCAUAAUAAUGAUAUGACACCAUUUUAUGCUUUGGUAUAUAAUGAAACCACUGGCUAUUUAGCUCGUGCUGCUGUUAAUAAAGUUUUACAAGGCGGUGCCUUUUCAACACAAAGUGAUGAAUUUAAUGAGGAAAAUUUACAUGAUGAAACCUGCAAAGUUUCAUAAAUUUCUUUCUUUAUAUAUCCAAAUAUAUAUAUGUAGUGUUAUUUUUGUAGUUUUUAUACCCUACAUCACCUUAAAGUAUACCAAUCGGCUUAGAAUCAUUUUCUGAAACGAUUUUGCUAUGUCCG